CUCUCUCAGUCGGUCUUUAUCUUUCCACACGUUCUUCACAGUCGUGUACCACUUUCGUUCAAACCACAGUCAAGUCGUCCUUUCUCGCAGGGCUUAAUCUUUCCAAUCAAAAAUGAAGGCCUCAAUCCCCUCCAUCCUCCUCUUCGCCUCGGGCGUCAUCGCUGAUGGUCGCUUCUGCUCUUGGCCAUUGGUUCGCAACAUCCAGAGCGUUACGCCAGUAUGGACUGCUCCUCAGCUUGUUUCUGGAGUUUUUGUCGGACCUUCUUCGACCACUGGAUCCAUCUCGGCUGGUUACUCAUACACCCAAUCCUGGACCAUCACUGGUGGUGUUAGUGGCAGCGCUGGAAUUCUCGGUAUUGCCAACCUCGGAGUCACAACCAGCUACGGACAAACAACUGCCAAGGGUACUUCUCUGACUGUCGGUAUCACUUGUCCUGCCAACGUCCGCUGCGGACUCACCGCCUCGACCUACGUGCUUGAGGUCGUCGGCACCGAGACCAUGUACCGAUGCGGCAGCAAAAACUUGUACGACCAGAGCUAUCCCUGCCAGGACUCCGCUCCCGACCACUGCCCUACCAUGUUCUGGAACACCACCAGCGGUGUGACCAAGCCUUUUACUGCUUACCUGCCCCUCGCCAAGAGCAAGUCCAACGUCGAUGAGCUCCUUUCUGUUGAGUACAACGCCUGCUCGGCUGGUAUGGACUACGCUGGCAUGCCUCGCUGCCCUGGUUACUAA